AUGGCUGCGCCGGCCACCUUCGUCGUGGUGGUCGCCUGCUUGGUGGCGGCUGCUCUCUGCGGCGGCGUCUGCCGGGCGCAGGACAUGGACAACGAGUGGGCACGGUACCGCGGGUUCUUCGGCGGCGGCGGCACGCUGCUGCCACAAUCGGACGUGGACCUGCUGGAGUUCCCGCUGAACCUCGAGUACCUGGAGGCGGAGUUCUUCUGCUGGUCGGCGCUGGGCUACGGCCUCGAUGGCAUCGACGUCAACCUCACCGGCGGCGGUCCGCCUCCCAUCGGUGGCCAGACCGCCGCCCUCACCCCCUUCGUCCGAGACGUCGCCACACAGUUCUGCUACCAAGAAGUUGGCCACCUCAGGGCGAUCAAGCAGAACGUGAGGGGAUUCCCGCGGCCGCAGCUGGACAUCAGCGCGACCAACAUCGGCAAGAUCGUGGAGCAGGCGAUGAACACGACGCUGGACCCGCCCUUCAACCCCUACGAGAACAGCCUCAACUUCCUCAUCGCCUCCUACAUCAUCCCGUACGUCGGUCUUACCGGCUACGUUGGCGCCAACCCCAAGCUCCUCACUCCUCAGGCCAGAAGGCUGGUGGCGGGACUGGUGGGCGUGGAAUCGGCACAGGACGCGGUGAUCCGGGCCCUGUUGUACGAGCGCGGACUGUCGCGGGUGGCGAGCUAUGGUGUUGGUGUGGCGGAGGUGACCGCGCACAUCUCCGACCUGCGGAACGAGCUUGGGAGGAGGGGAGUGAAGGACGAGGGGCUAGUGGUGGCGCCGGGUGAGGGGCCCGAGGGGCAGACCGUGGGGAACAUCAUCGCCGGCGACCGCUACUCGCUCGCGUACGAUCGCACGCCCGAGGAGAUCCUCGGCAUCGUGUACGGCACCGGAAGCCCCGCCCAGGCCGGCGGGUUCUUUCCCCAGGGCGCUGACGGCCGCAUAGCCAGGGGACUCCUCAUGUAG